UUUGCGCGAUACGCUUCGUUGAAUUAACGCUCUCUCUCCAGUAAACCCAUCAAUUACCAUUCGAAAUGUCUUGGAUCAGUCGGAAAUUCGAGCCCGACAGGAAUGAUAGAGACUUAUUAAGAUUUUCCAGGGGUGAAAGCGAAGCUUUCCGAAUACACAAGUACGAAGAGAGAUGUAAUGAUGGUUGUAUUGUUGGAGAACCCUGCACGCAGCUGUCGAAACUUGAAAACGAAGAUGAGUGGGAGUCAUGGUUACGGACAUUGAAACAGCUACCAUAUGGAGAUUCAAGCCGAGGAGACAAAGACGAUGGCUUAAAUAGCCAGAUCACAAGGAUACCCAACAUCAUAAAUCUGGUAAUGGGUGGGAGGAUGUCUUCUCUAGCCAAGAUGCCCCUUUCGGAGCAGGUUUUCAUGGAGCUGGUGAGCAGUCUAAACAUUCACAGGUCGGUUAUACGAGCAAUCAAUAGAAACACAAGCUGUACCUUUUCACGGGUCAGAUACCCUGAAUCUAUAGUAUAUACCUGUAGAACAGCUGAGAGCUGGCCAGACGACAUGGCGCUAUCCGUGACAUUCUUUCCAAACACUAUGAAAACGAAUGCCAUCUGGUUCGGUUGUGAUCUGGAGCAACGGUUUAUUCAUGGCCACAAAUUGACGGAUUCCGCCAUCAUUACGAGCAAACUACGCGAAUUUGAUGGGCAAGUCUUUCACCCCAUGAUGCUGCCCACUAUAUUUGCAGAAUUCGAGAGGGACAGGCACAUUGGGCUUGUACGCAAAAGCAAUACUCAGUUUGUGCAAAGGAUGAUCGACAUCGAAUCGAGGAAUGACUGGUUCUAUGGUAUACAACAAAUACGUGGAGACGUUCGUCAGUCACUCGAAAAGCAACCUGCGUCGUCGUCAAGGUCCAAUUCAUUUUUCAACGGUAUGAAGGGAAGAGUUGAAAGCUUUCUCUCAGGCAAGACUGUCUCCACAACGUCAACGUUUAACACUACCGCCAGAUCAGAGACAUUGCAUAAUGAAGACGGUUCCAUGGAUGAAGAAGAGGAAGAGACUUGUGCAAUGCUCUGGAUCAAGAUCAGCCAUCUCAAGAACGGGCUAGAGAAUUGGAAGACGCAGCUGCGCAAGAUGGUUGAGCAUACAAGAGAGCUUGAGGACACAGACUUUGGCAUCAGAUGUGACGUGCAGACUGAUGCUUGGAUUUGGAGGCGAGAUGCUUUGAGGGAAUGCGGUACGCGACUCAGAGAAAGACUGCAAGACUUGAUGGAUGAAUACGACGACUUCAUAAGAGAGUGCGAUCACAUCAUGGCCGGAAUGUCGCUUGCAACACAACUGGAUCUCAAUCAUAUUGGCCGCAAAGAUGCAAAGCUCAACGAAAACAUUUCCAAGAGUAGCCUGGCGGUGGCAGAAACCGCUCAGCGAGAUGGAAGCCUCAUGAAGUCCAUUGCCGUCCUCGGAAUGAUCUAUUUACCGGCAACAUUCGUUUGUACCUUCUUUUCCAUGGGGUUCUUUCAGUGGAGGGGGCAGAGUGAGAGUACAACAACGGUCUCACCGGAUCUAUGGAUCUUUGGGCUUGCUGCGGUUGCUUUCACUCUAAUUACUGUGGGCGUGUUUCUGGUUUGCACGAUGAGAAGGAGAGAUUCGGUGAGGUCUAAGUUGCAUCUUGUCUAACAGUGUUUGCGGGGACGUCGGCCUCCUCGAUUGUCAGAUGAGAAUUGUCAAAGACAGAAACUAGCUCAACGAGAAUGAUUCUGUGACGUCUCAUGGUUUGAUCACCUGUCGUUCGAUAUAUAAGCUCAUAUUCGGCGGAUUUACAUCCAGCAUAUGGCUGAAGGGUUGAGCAUAAUGUGGCUCCU